UCCUCCGCCCCGCGUACCCCCGCCUGCCCGGUCGCCGCCGUCGUGAUGGAGGCGGCAGGCACCCCGGGCCGCGGCGGGGUCUCGGAGGCGGGCAGGCCGGCCCGGUACAGCACAGGCACGCGGGAGUUAGUGAGAGGGAUGAUGGAGGAGUUGCAGGUGACGCAUUCCCAGAAGCGAUACCUGAUGGGCUAUGUGACACGCGGAGAUGCCCUGCCCUUUCAGAGAUUCCCCCCAUCCAGCCAACAGCCAGUGCCUGUUCCCUACCCAGCAGCCUGUCAGUCAUGCAGGCUUCCAGCUAGACCACUUCUCCGACCUGCCAAGGUCUGCCAGGCAGGAGAUGCCUACACCCGAGAGAAAUUCAAGCCACAGCCCACAAGAGAUUUGGAAAAGGAGAAGAGAAGACUUCAGAAGAUCUUAGCAUUAGGGAAGGAUGAGGUGGAGGACAAGGUGGAGCAGGCGUUUGUUCGGAAAAAGGAAGAGGAGAUAGCUGAGCCUGACCGGUUUGAGGAAUUGAUGAAUGAAAUUCAAGAGAGAAGGGACUUCCUGGCAGAGAUGGAAGCUCUAGGACAGGGUAAGAAGUAUCAAGGGAUCGUCCUCACUGAAAUCUCACAGAAAUUGCACGAGAUGGAGAUCAUUGACAAGAAGCGAAGUGAGGAAAUGAGAAAUAUCAUGACAAAAACCUUCCCUGUUGGGAACAAAUCCAGUCUCCAAGACUAGGCCAAGGGCAAAACACAGGCGCAAUUUGUUCCCCCUGUUCUUCCCAGACUCUGGGCAUCAGAGGCUGGUCCCUGUCUGUUUCCAAAGAGGGGGCAGCACCAUCUGUUGCCUGAAACUAGAAGGCAGGACCAAUUUGUACAUACACAGCGACAGAAGUUGUAAAAUCCUUCACACACACUGGAUCUUUUCUUGCUCUAUAAUAUUAAAGACAUGAAAACACA